AUGGCGUUCAUCGACGUACCGGUCGGCACCAGGCUGAACAGCAUGCUGGCGGGGUACUUCAGCAAGACGGUCGCGUGCCUGGUGAGCCGACGCCAAGGCGAGUGCGUCGCGUGGUUCCAGGCCAACCCGCGAUUCGUCGAUCGAUUGGUGGAACACGUCGGAGUCCUGGCGGUGGCGGAGGUGCUGCUGAGGCUGGUGGGAGCCGACGAUCCGGGGAGCAUGAUGCCGAUGCAGAGUAUGUUGUUGUCCGCGAUGGGCGCGUCGGGAGAUCAGAGCGCGUGGCUCGUGGACACGCCGCUGCUCGAUCGACUCCUCGACGCGCUAGACGCCGAGUCUUCGUCCUUCGCGGUUGGAGCGUCCGACGUCCAAUCCGAAGGCUCCUCCCCCGAGGACGCCGCGGCGACGAGGACGACGCGACAGGCGAACGCGGCGGAGGUGCUCGUGGGCAUCGCUCGCGGCGCCCCGUCCGCGCUCGCCGCGAAGCUCUCCGGAAAGGAGGCGAUGUCCAAGCUCUUUGAACGCGGUUUAAACGCGUCGCCCCCCGGGUACGGCGACGGCGCCGAGGGCAAAGGCGGGAACCCCGACGGUUCGCGCGUCACCGCGCACGACGGCGCGUCGUCCUCGCCGCUCGUCAACGUGCUCGACAUCGCCAUCGCCAUCAUCGACGCCAAGCGCGCGGCGAGUGGGCCGAUGCAGACCAUGCGCGCGAUGCUCGCGGCGGAGACGGGAAGCGCGCCGGCGGCUUCGCCGCCGCCGCCGCCAGAGGCGUUGGACGCCUGCGUGCGUUACCUCGAGCCGCUCGUGGCGCAGCUGGACGUGGCGAACGACGGUAGCAGCCAAAGAACGACGUGGGGUACGAUCACGCCCCCGCUGGGCAUGCGACGGGUCAAGAUCGUGGACAUGAUCGCGACAAUCGUCGGGUGUAAGGACGACGCCGCCGCGACGAGAAUUCUCGAGACCGGCGCUCUCGUCAAGUGCGCGGAGCUCUUCGUGAGAUACCCGUUCAACAACUUUCUGCACCACCACUUCGAGAACGCCGUCGCGGCGAUCCUGGACUGGGGUCACCCCGCCCUCGUGUCCCACCUGUUCGCGUCGAGAGCUGACGGCGGUGUGGACCUGGUGGACGUCAUCGUCAACGCGCCGAGGUUUGCCGAGACGACGCGGGGUCCGGUUCGAGCCGGGAACGCGGGCCACGUCACGCGCAUGGCCAACCGACUCGUCGCGGUCGCCCUCGGCGAGUCGCUCUCCCCCGCGCCUAAGACGACGCGCGUGGGCGUGGGCGUGGGUGGGUUCGACGACCCCGACGACGACGACGACGACGAGGAGGAGUCGGAGGAGGCCAAGGCUCGACGCGAGGAUCGCGAAGCGGCGGCGGAACGCUCGAGGUCCAUCGCCGUGGCUGCGCUGGACGCGGACGCGCGGUGGCGCGCGUACGUCGAAGGCGAGCUCGGCGACAGGAAUCAGAUCGAGAACGUGUACAAGUGGGCGUGCGGCCGCCCCGCGGGCAUGGACGAUCUCGGUCUGAACGAGGAUGACGAGGAGGAUGGCGACUUCGACAUUGGGCUGGGCGCCGGUUUCUCUCGCGAUUCGUACCACCGGUACGGCGGCGCCGACGACGACGACGACGACGACGAAGAGGAGGACGGGGCGGACUCCGACGACGCCGACGACGACGACCUCGACCCGCUCACCGCGAGGGGCGCCGCGUUGCUGUUCCAGGGCGACGCCAACGCCAGGCUGGCGAGUCUGACGCUCGGUCGGAACAAUCACCCGGACGUGAUGAUUGAGGAGUUGGGCGAGGAGAUGGAUUCGGCCGGGGGGGAUCCGGACGACGACGCGGACACCGUCGAGGUUCCCGCGUCGGUCGUCUCGCUGUUCGGUCGGUCGUCCCUCGGUGGCGAGGGCGGCGGCGCGGCCGGCGACGACGACGACGUCGUCCUCGCCGAUUCCGACGACGAGGGCCAAACUCUGAGCCCAAAGUCGCCAGACGCGAGGUCGGAGAAGGUUGAGCACGACGCCCCGGAGCUGAUGCGUGAGUACGGGUCGUCAAACUUUUGGGGGAGCGCCAUCGACGAUUCGCUCGUGCCGGAUGACAUCUAG